GCGUUGGCAGUACUUUUGAUUUCAAAGCCUAACAUGCGUAGUAAGUCUUUGUGAGUAACAACAAAAGAUGACUGUGGGAGUUUUGAAGGAGAAAAUGAACAGGGUUCAAAUCCCUGGCCUUGAUAAGGCAAUUGCAGAAAGGAAAGGUUUCGAUAGAGAAAGUCAUGCUAAGGGGUCUGUAUAUGGUGGGAAGCAUAAUCAGUGUGUCAUUCUUCCUGGCAAUGUCUCCAUGGUUGCUGAAGCUUUAGAAAGAAGAAAUCAGAAUUGGUUUGUUCGGACAAAAGUUGCAAAUAAUUUGAUCAUACAAGUAGGAGAUUCCAACUUUCAUUUGCACAAGCUCCCUAUGGUAUCAAAAUGUGGAUAUUUGAAUAGAUUGGUAUUUCAGAAGGGUAAUGGAGCUGGCCUCAGUAUCCAAAUAGAUAAUCUUCCUGGAGGAGCCAAAACUUUCGAAUUAGUGGUCAAAUUCUGUUAUGGUUGGAAGGUUGAUUUAACAGCUGCCAACAUUGCUCCACUCUAUUGUGCUGCUCAUUUCUUGCAAAUGAGUGAUGAUCUUCAACAAGGAAAUCUGAUAUCCAAGACAGAGACAUUUUUAAGCUUCUUGAUAUUUUCAUCUUGGAAAGGCACAUUUCAGAUUCUCAAAAGCUGCGAAUCCAUUUCUUUAUGGGUGAAAGAACUGCAAAUCUUGAAGCGGUGCUCAGAAUCCAUUGCUUGGAAGGCCUGCACAAACCUACAAGCAUUUAGUUCGGGAGAAGAUGAUACACAGUUGUUGAAAUCCCUGGAAGAUAAUAUGCAGAAGUCAAAAUCUGAAGGAGUUGAUAAUUGGUGGUUCGAAAAUGUUUCAUCCCUUCGAAUUGAUCAUUUCAUCGAAGUGAUUCAAUCCAUAAAAAGUAAAGGGAUGAGAUCAGAUAUUGUGGGAUCAUGUAUAGCUCAUUGGACUGCUAAAUGGCUUUCCCAAAUCACUUUUGAACCUGACAUUGUGAAGCUAAAAAAUACGACUCAAAAAUUACAAAGGGUUACAAUCGAGUGUUUGAUAAGACUUCUUCCAACAGAAGAGAAUUCAGUUACUUGCAACUUUCUACUUCUCCUUCUCAAGGUUGGUUUGGUGAUGAAAAUCAAUUCUGAUAUAUUGAACAUGUUGGAAAGAAGAAUUGCUUAUAUGCUGGAGAUAUGUCAUGUGACAGAUCUCCUGGUUAAGAAUCAUGGAGAUAAAGACAGUGUUUAUGAUGUGGGAAUUGUUACUAGAGUGGUGGAAUAUUAUGUCUCUUUCAUUCUGAGUAGUCAGAGGCCAAAAAUCUUUGCUGUUGGAAGAUUAGUAGAUGGAUACCUUACGCUAAUUGCAAGGGAUGAGAACCUUAAUGUGAAAAGUUUCCGGUCACUUGCAGAAGCAUUGCCUGUUGAGGCUCGGUUUUGUGAUGACAACCUCUAUAGAGCUACAGAUAUGUACUUGAAGGCACACCCUAGCUUGACAGAAGAAGAAAGAAUUAGCAUUUGUAGAUUCCUGGAAUACCAUAGACUAUCAAAAGAAGCACGCGAGCAUGUGAUGAAGAAUGGUCGUGUGCCUUUGAAAAUUACAACACGUUUUGUUCUUCUACAACAAGUAAAUAUGACAAAGUCAAUGACAAGUAUGGGUUCGAGUUACCGUAGAUCUAAGACUCAGGCAAUGGUCAGAGUAAGUAAGAGUUUAGGGAAUGGAUGUAUCAGUUCCCGAAAAGAGAUAAAACAGAUGUCUAAAGAGGUUGAGACGAUGAAGAUGCAACUCAAUGAUUUGCAAAUUUGUAAACUAAAACUUCAAAAACAGCUUAAGAAAUGCACUCUUUGAAGAAAAGCUUGCAUUCAUUGGAAAAGUUGUAUGCGUUUUGGUACUGAAAUAUACUAGCUUCAAUAUGAAAUAAUAUAAGUCUUUCUUUU